AUGAAGGUGAAGAUAAAGCAGUGACACAGUGUGGCUUCAUGGCUCUGGGUGGCCAAUGAUGAGAACUGUGGCAUCUGCAGAGCUCCGUUUAAUGACCGCUGUCCAGACUGUAAAGUCCCUGGGGACGACUGCACACCGCUGGUGUGGGGUCAGUGUUCACACUGUUUCCACAUGCUGAACUCACAACAGGUACAGCAGCGGUGCCCCGUGUGCCGGCAGGACGUUUAA